AUGUCCAAAACAAUAGCGCGAAUAUUCCAUCAUUCCAAAAAAUCGGAUCACGAAGUGACGCCGCAACAAUCAACAUCAGUCGAAACACCACAGCAGACAACAACAAUAAAACCUCGCUCAAAAUCACAAGGAUAUUCACGAGACUUGGUGGAUGAUACAAUGACGAAGAGAAAUUCACGAUUCGUUCAGUAUAUGUUGAAAUUGAGGAUGGUAAGUGAAAAGGGUGGGGCUUAGACUUAGAUCCUUGAAUCUUAGGCUUAUUAUCUUAGGAGGCUCUCAGUGAGCCUUAGUAGUUCUACAUGACUCUAAGAGACUCAAAAGGCCCGAAGAACUCCAAAGACAUCCUAGAAAAUAAUAAAAACAUUAUAAUUAUGAGCUAAUUUUAAGCUCAACGAGUCCAAAAUCUCUAGUCUUAUCAAAUGUUUACACACAAUUUUUUUUUCGGUCGAACCCCCUCAAAAGAAAAAAAACGCGAGCGCAAAUAAAAACAUGUGAUGUGUCUAGACAGCAAAAAGUGCCUGUUUUGCUAACUAACUUCUGGAAAAAUAACACCAAUGAUGUUUGAUGUGUUUUUUUUUCGGAAAUUAUUUCUACACAGUGUAAUAAUAAUUCGGUCACACUGUUUCUACACUUACAAUCUCAGACAGUUUUUUGUUGUUUCUAUUAGAACAAAAAGGUGUUUUUUGAAACGUGAUUUCUCAUGUUUCUAGUCUAGCUUUUGUGGUUUUUGAUUCUGUUGAGGAAAGCAGAGCACAGCACAAGACAAGACAAAAUCUCAUUAUUUUCGGAGCAGAGCAGAGCGAAGAAAAAGCUAAUGGCCUGAGCAGCCAUCAGCACGUUUUAGUAUGUGUCUAGCAUUUUUUAUGAGGAUGGGAGAUUUUUGUAGGAGGCCAGAAAUAAUGGUGUUAAAGCGGAGCAUCGUUUGGAGAUUUUCUAGGGGAAAAAUAAUAAAUUACCCCCAGAAGCGGAACAUCGUUUACAACAUCAAUUUGAGUUAGAUGAUCUCAUAAACUUUAUUUUCAAGAUAUUUUUUCUGAAAAAUUUCAGCUGUUUCGAAGCUGUCUGGGGUUUCCUUGGAUACUUUUUUCUUCAAAAAAUUAUGAAUGUGAAACUUUACAUGAAGAGUAAAUUGUGAAAUCUGAACUUUAAUAGAAAAUUCAAAUUCAAAAUGUAUUUUUCUUACAGAAGCACUGUUUCACCCGCGACACUCUCGACUCUACAAAAGCUGGUGCGGAAAACCGCGAUCCGUGUGUGAUAUGCUUUCGCCGCUACGCCUCAAUCCGCUGCGAUCCUUGCACUCAUGGCCGCGUCUGUAAAUAUUGCGCCUACGAGAUGCUAAAAUCCGCCGGUUAUCCAGAACAACAACAAAUCUUCUGUUCAUAUUGUUAUAAGCCAAUCGAUGGUUUCACAAGAUGGCGAAAAAUUAAGGAGACUGUUGUCGAAGUAAAUCAGGAAGAAAAUCAGGAAAAAGAAAAUAUUGUGAAAAGAACAAGAAUUGUGAGAGAAGAAGAACAUUCAGUUAACCUAAAUGAUUAUGCUUGGGAACUAUUGAAUCGUGGAAUUCACACACAUUGGGAUAACUACGGUUAUGAAGAAUCCACCUCAUCAAAUUCCACAUCAUCAUCAUGCUAA